AUGAACCCGGGGAACAAUGAGCCCCGCCCCGUCGCCGGCGAAUCAUCUCUUCAAACCAGCCGCAGGGCUAACAAGCGUCGUCGCCACGAUCAGAACGGUAGGGGAGAUGAACGCGACGGUCAGAAAUGGCCCCAAGGAAAGAUGGAAAUAAGGUCAUUCGAAUGCCCAUUCUGCAAACUAGACCCUCACCGAUAUGCUGUGUGUAAGGGCUACCAGUUGUCCCGGUUAUCCGAUGUCAUGCAACAUAUCAGCCGCCAACACCGGAUACUCGAGGUCACACUAGGGUCUGAUGAGGCAGUAAGAGAACAGGAUAUUGUUCUCUAUUGUACAAGGUGUCGGUAUCUUUUCCAUGGUGUGGGUGCUUCGCAUAAGCGCGAUAUCCACAUGAAUCAGGACAUUGAAUGUCAGCCUGCGAAUAUCGAACACACAGGCGUCAUGCUGGACGGAGAAUUGGAAGGGCUAAGAAGCAAACUUCGAUCAUAUCCGCGACAUGAGGAAACCUUUAGAUGGAAUAUCAUCUGGAAAUGGUGCUUCCCUGGGAGGCCCUGCCCAGCGUCACCCUACGUCGAAAUUAGUGCUCCACGUCUAGAGGUGGAGUCGAUACUUCAAAACGGGCUUGCAUCUAUACCAGGCCUUGAGCAAGAACAAGUCCAUUCGAUGGCUAGAGGAUUUGCAGAUAGAAUCUUCAACACUUUGCGGGAACCGGGAAAUACAAAAGCACAGUCGGAUAGUGUGCAGACAGCACCAGCAUCAAACUACCAUGCCCCAAUCUGCUCGCCUUCGCAUCCGACACUUACCUCACAGCCUUUGCAAAUCCAAACGCAAGGUUACAACUCUCGCCUCCCCCACAUUGGUAUUUAUGGAAUGCCGACUGGAGGUCAGAGAGACAAUUCCUUUGAUUGGAAUAAUACGUUGACUAAUUACAGUGCCCCAAGUCCAGUUCGUGGCUCUGGGGCACAUACGAAUUCUGUGAAUAGCUUUGUCCACUCUGGAUAUUUCACUGGUCAUGACUCUGGAUAUCCUCUAGGCUCUUAUGUUGGAUAUCCUACUGAUUCUUUUGAGUCGGCAAAUCAAGACGACGAAUACUUGAACACACGCGCGAACACUACCGGUCGCCGCGACUUGGAGUAUUGA